AUGGGGUUACCAAAUAAAUCGCGAAAAGAACGUCGCAGUUUUUUUGCCAGGAGUAACCUUGGUGCUCUCGCUCACCUCGUCUCGGUUCCGGCUCAAAAAAGAGUGAUCUUCCGUCCUGUCUUUAAGGCUACCACCACCUCGCGACUGCCCAAGCAGAGUCCGUGUCUCGCAGGAGACGCCCUUGCAGUAGUCGCAGGAACAAUCCGUAUUCCGGCCGAGCUACACUCACCAAAACAUCCCGAGCUGAACUGUCAAAGCUCUUCAGGCAGUCGGCAAGACUCCAUUCCAAAAAUAAAAAAAUAA